GCGGCCUGAGCGCGGCCCGAGCGCGGCCCCGCCGCCCCUCCCGGCCUGGGUUCCCGGCCUGGGCUCCCGGCCGCACGGAGGGACCCAGAGCCCGGCAGCGGCGGUGCCGCGUGGCACCGUCACAUGGGUGUCGUGGGGUGGGCAGCCCGGUCUCUGGGGCUCCAGGGUUUGAAGGGCCGCGGGCCUGGAGCGGAUCUCUGGCCAGGGUGGACCGAGUACAUCCCGCUGGGCUGCAGGAUGCCGGGCACGCGCUUCAUCGCCUUCAAGGUGCCCCUGAAGAAGAGUUUUGAUCAGAACCUUCUGCCAGAAGAGAGGUUUUCCCCUCGUGACCUCAUCAGGAAGGUGGAGGAGCGGCAGGAGGAGCUGGGGCUGAUCAUCGACCUGACGUACACCACGCGCUACUACGGCCGCGAGGAGCUGCCCCCCACACUGCGCUACUCGAAGAUCCUGACCAUGGGACACGAGAUCCCAAACAGAAGGACAAUUCUGAGGUUCAAAUACGUCGUGAAAAAGUUCCUGACAAACAACCAAGACAACGAUAAACUCAUCGGGGUGCACUGCACGCACGGCUUGAACAGGACUGGCUACCUGGUCUGUCGGUACCUGAUUGAUGUUGAGGGCAUGGAGCCAAACGCUGCCAUCGAGUUGUUUAACAAGUGUCGAGGGCAUCCCAUAGAGAGAACCAACUACAUCCAGGACCUGCAGAAGAGAGCCCUGAAAAGCAGCUGUGAACUGAAGAAUGCGGGCUCAGAUCUCAGCAGAAAAAGCAGUGUCCCAGCCAAGGCCCAAAAGCAGCAGCAGCCCCAGCAGCGCCCGAGCCAGGCCCCCCUGGCAGUGCCCAGGAACCCCAAGAAGAAGCAGCGGCCUGACCCCACAGCUGAGGGACAGCCCCAGGAGCUGGGACACGGACACGGGGCCCUGGAGCAGAGGCAGCUGGAGAAGCUGGAGCAGAAGAAGUGGGAGCAGAGGCAAUUUGAGAAGAGGGAGCAGAGGCAGCAGAAGCAUCUGGAGCAGAGGCAGCAGAAACAUCUGGAGCAGAGGCAGCAGAAGCAUCUGGAGCAGAGGCAGCAGAAAAAGCUGGAGCAGAGGCAGCAAGAGAGGCUGGAGCAGAGGCAGCAGAAAAAGCUGGAGCAGAGGCAAUUGGAGCAGCUGGAGCAGAGGCAGCAGGAAAAGGAGCAGAGGCAACUGGAGCAGAGGCAGGAGAAAAAGCUGGAGCAGAGGCAGCAGGAGAAGCUGGAGAAGAAGCGGCAGAAGAAGCUGGAGAAGAAGCAGCAGGAGAGGCUGGAGCAGAGGCAGCAAAGAAAGCUGAAACACCUGGAGCAGAGGCAGCUGGAGAUGCAGAACCACCUGGAGCAGGGGCAGCAGAGGCAGCAGAACCACCUGGAGCAGGGGCAGCCCUGCAGUUUGCCCCCCAGGAACUGUUGGCUUUCAGCAGCCCCCAAGAAGAAGCACAAGGAGCUGUUCCCCUGGCAGAGCCCGCAGCCCUGGCUGCCCCAGGAGCCCUCCCCUGGCAGGAAGCGCCGGCGCAGGAAACGUGAACUGAGGGAGCAGGAAAUGUCCUGACAGCUCUGGAAUGUUCUCCACGAGAAAAAACCCUCCCAGGGCUGGAGGGAGCGGCUGGGGCUCAACCAGGACCUGCCAGGCGUGGGGCAGCUGAACAGGGCUGGUUUUUAAUCUCUUUACUCUUGCUCCCCCCACGCCGAUGCUUUUAUUUUUACAAGGAAUUUUUAAAUCUGAUGCUGUGCAGAGUCUGACCCGUGAGGGAUGUGGGAGUAAAAACGAACACAGACUCAACCAGAGCUGGAAUAAUCCUAAAAAAACAUCCUGAGGCAUCCCUAGAACCUUCAACCAAACGGGCUUUUGUUUAUUUUCUCAACGCAUAACAAGAAACAGGACUGGGCCUGCAAACACGAGACAUUUUCUCUUUUUUACCCACUUUCGCUAAAGUAAAUUUGCACGGUGUGCAAACUGCA